UACAACUAUGUUUAAUAACAAAAUAAAAUAGCGAAAUUAAUGAAUUACAAGUUACAAAUACACCAAAAUAAUAAAAAAAUGGAAUAAAUGUAAAUAACUCAGGCACGUUCGUACUCGCCGCUAGAAGCGCCGGAGAUGGGUUUUCAACCCUUCCGGGCGGCUGGAAACAAAAAAAAAAACUCUCUGCUCGGCAAGUGCGAGGCGAGACAGAAGAUGAAGAUCGAGCCGAGGAGAAAGGAGAAGUUUGAGUCUGCCUUCGCUCGUCGUCGGCACCGAAGAAGAAGUUCGCUCGUCGUAGCCGCCAACCUCUACUUUCGUUCUCUGCGCAGCCGUAAUUUGCUUCCGACGUCACCCAUCUUCGUUGCCGCCCGAUUUACCAUGGGAACGGACAUGCUGCGAGGGUUGAGGUUGGUGGCGGCUGCCGGAGAGAAGAAUCCACAGCGACAGCGGCGGGGUUGAGGUUGGCAGUGUCUGGGCAGGGUAACGGAUUGUUUGAUUAGGGUUUUGGUUAGAGAUUGGAGUUAGAGGGUAAGAUUGUCAAUUUGAUGCAUUUUAGGACGACAAAAAUUGAAUUUUAGGGCGACGAAUAGCAAUCCAGUAAAAGGUUUUAAUUAUCAUCCUAGUCCCCCAACUAUCGCAUGUCUACUGCCAAAGUCCCUGAACUAUUUGUUUUGACCUAAUAUUGAUCCUUGUAUUUUCCGACACCCUAAUUAGCUGUGCUGGAACGUUUGUGUAACCGCAACAGAAAUCCAGUAAUGGAUGCGUGGAGUUGGACUUUGGAGUGAUAUUAUGUAUCCUUUUAGUUGCUCAUUUUGUUGGCCUGGAUCAAUUUGAUUGCAAUACUCUCUUAUUUGUAAGUUUUAUAGGAGUUUACUAUCGUACUUCUAGUGUAAACUCAUCAGUAACUUUUUGUCAUUUUGAAGGAUAGCGGUUAGUGAUUCUUCUCAUGUUGUGCCUUUAUUUUUUAGAUUGUGUAGAGUCCGAGAAGACUCAACAUAAUGUGUCCGUGGAAAGGAGACUGAAAACCCAAGAAAAUAGUUGUUUUGAA